AGGAGGACAAAUGGAUGAGAAAGAGACCAAGAGAAAAAAGUCAGACGAAUAUAAACUAAAAUAGAAGGAUUAUGAUAAGUCCAGGGCUAGGAGCCACGUCAACAUCAGAGAGGCUUUUUAGCGUUGGAGAGACCUCUGAGACAGCGGAGGACUCUAUUGCCCUGAGAAGAAUAGGUCGACUUUAUCUGUUCCACUGUAAUCCGCAACAAUCAUUCAGUCCUCCACUCACUGAGACUCAACGAAUAGACACUCCUGCUAUUCUCGAUCUAAAGUGGUGUCAAGUAGCGAUAUCAGAGCGCCCACUCUUGGGUAUGGCCACUGCAGGUGGAGAAAUCCAACUGUUCAAACUUACUGAAGCUCAGUAGCAUGGCACCUGUGGUUUGGAAUGUGAGUUGAGCACAGAGUUGGGUCCUGACAGGCUUGCAUUGUCUUUAGACUGGUCUACAGGGAGAGGCGAGAGGAAAGAUGCUCACAUCAUUGUUUGCUGAUUUGCUUUGACACAUUUUUCAGUAUAUAAUGAUUACUGUUCUCAUUGUAGCAGUGAUGUGCAUGUGGUGUCCAGUGACUCAACUUGUUCUCUGACAGUGCUGUCUCUGGGGGAAACUAGUUUAACUGCUGUGUCCCAGUGGAAAGCUCACGACUUCGAGGCAUGGAUCUAAGCAUUUAGUUACUGGGAUACUCAAGUUGUUUAUUCAGGUGGUGAUGACUGCAAACUAAAGGGCUGGGAUCUGAGAAUGGGUAACCUGCAAAAGACACAGUAUGGGAGUAUGCAGCAUACACAGUAACCCCCACCGUGAGCACAUACUAGCCACCGGAAGUUAUGAUGAGAAUGUAUUGCUCUGGGAUGGGAGGAACAUGAAGCAGCCCUUGAGUGAGACUGCAGUUGGUUGGGGUGUGUGGAGACUCAAAUGGCACCCCUGUCAAGAGCACCUGCUGCUUGCUGCAUGUAUGCACAAUGACUUCACUAUUCUUCACUGCCAGCAGGCUAUGGAUGGACAAGAUGCACCAUGCCCUGUCCUGGCCUCCUAUAUUCUACACAACUCUUUAGCGUAUGGAGCAGACUGGUCCCUGAGCAACUCCACUCACCCCUCUCCUCAGGAGCCACCUCAAACCAGCAUUGGGCUCACAGAGUCUGGAGGCCACCCCUGGAUCCAGUACGAGUCUCCCACUGCCAGCUUUGAAACCUCUCUGGAGGAUGACUCGUGGCGGUACAUACAAGACCACUUUCCUUCACCAGAGAAAAGUUCAGUUCCAGACCCCCUCCCCAGCCCUGCUAAAGACUCCCAGUCUCUGUCCUGCCUGCUGGCUACCUGCUCCUUCUACGACCACAUGCUGCAUGUGUGGAGAUGGGACUGGAGCCCAGAGGAAAGACUGACAGAGACUCAGUCUGCCCCCUCUUCAUGAAGACCCUACCCUACUCAUGUUGUAAAUCCUGCUAUGUAACCUUUUGGGUUGAGGUUAUUUGGAACCACACAAUUCUGAGGGGACAUUUGAAGAAGUGUUCUCCGGUUACAUCUAAAGUAUUGCUUUGUUCAACUAUGCAAUUUUGGGAUAUCUUUAUUUCAGACAAACGGAGUCUAAUUAUCUGACUAUAUACACUGAUCAGCCACAACAUUAAAACCACCUGUCUAAUAUUGUGUAGGUCCCCCUCGU